CUUAAAAUAUGGAGGCAUAUGAUUAUAUUAAAGCCGCCACCACCUCCACCAAGAAAGCAAGAAUUCCCCAGUAGAUGCCAAACUUCUGCCCUUUGCAUUCUUCCCUUGUUAAUUUCCUUCAAGAUAUUGCAGAAAGGAUCUCAAGAUCCAUCCACAGCUACCCUUCAAGUUUCAAGACUCUGCUUUUGGCAUUUCUGAAGUGAUCAGCUCAAGUUUCUUGGAUAUAUACUCACUCUAAGCAGCAGGUCCACUUGAGAAACGCUAUUUCUAAUCCUUUGCACCUUCCAAAGAAAUAAAGACAAACCCAAGAAAAAGAGCAAUGGUGGUUAGAGAGUCUGAAGAGAUCUCCCAAGAUGAGGUGGAGUCGCCAUUGCAGUCUGACCACCAUCUUAGAAACCACCCUUUCUUGUCUGUUGGCAGGCAAUCCUCCAUUUAUUCUCUUACACUCGACGAGUUUCAGCAUACCCUUUGCGAAAGUGGCAAGAAUUUUGGGUCCAUGAACAUGGACGAGUUCCUUGCCAGCAUCUGGAAUGCGGAGGAACAUCAAGCUACUGCUGCCAUUACCAACAAUGAUCAGAUCAACAAUAGUAACUGUAAUAAUAGGGGAAAUCAGGGAUUCAAUGAUGUGUCUGGUGAUAAAGCAAUAUCUAAGCAGCCCAGUUUGCCGAGACAAGGAUCGCUUAGCUUGCCUGCGCCCUUGUGUAGGAAAACUGUGGAUGAAGUUUGGUCUGAGAUACACAGAGAGCAGCAGCAGAACCACCACCACCAAGGACAGGGACGAAGUAAUGGUAAUAAUAUGCAGAAUCCUAAGUCUGCUGCUGCUCGUCGGCCGACUUUUGGGGAGAUGACUUUAGAGGAUUUCCUGAUCAAGGCAGGGGUGGUAAGAGAGCAAUGUCCUGCACCUUCACUACCACCUCAGCAACAACAGUGCGGGUUGUACCAAAGCAAUAACAAUACUCCUGCCAUGGGGACAGGUUUUGUUUCCAGGCCGAUUCAAGGAAUUGGCGGCAGACGUGGCGGUGGCGGUGCUGUUAGUUACCAGACAAUGCCACAAGACGCUGGGCCUAUGGGUGAGACAUCAGGGAGGAAUGGCGGGUUCCCUCCGCAGGCGGCAGCGGCAGCGGCAGCGGCAGCAGCAGGUUCAGUUUAUGGGGGAAGAAUGGGGAAUGGUGGUGGAUAUGCGCCAAGUCAGGCAAUGGGGGUUAUGGCACAAGUGAGCCCAGUUUCAUCAGAUGCAAUGGUUUGCAGCAACAUUGAUAAUGCAAAUCAAUUUGGAAUAGAUAUGGGCGAGCUAAGGGGAAGGAAGAGGAUUGUUGAUGGGCCUGUGGAGAAGGUGGUUGAGAGGAGGCAACGGAGGAUGAUCAAGAAUAGAGAGUCGGCUGCAAGGUCCAGAGCUAGAAAACAGGCGUAUACAUUUGAAUUAGAAGCAGAGCUGAACCAACUAAAAGAAGAGAACAACCAGCUUAGGCAUGCUCUGGCAGAGCUUGAGAGGAAAAGAAAACAGCAGUAUCUUGAAGAAUUGAGAAUGAAAGCCCAGACUAAGGCCCAAAAGACUGAAGAGAAAUUGAGGAUGAUGAGAAGGAAUUUUAGCUGUCAUCUAUAGCAAUCCUAAGCAAUGAAAUUUGAUGGUGGAAGCUGCACAUAACAAAAUCCAGAAUACACAAUAGGGGAAAUAAGGGCAAAACAAGAUGAUUAAGGGAAAGCAUGCAUUUGGAACUGAAGAGUGAUGAAUGAAUGCAAUGGAUGGCUCUUUCUAUAUAAACUAUAAUUUAUGAGUAGUUGGAUUUCUAAAAGUCCAGUUAUGUCCAUUCACAAACUUAGUUACAGAAGCUAGCUAGAUUUUCUUUAAUGUAAUUCCUGUGACAUAGUAUGAAUCAAAUGUUCCUUGGAAUGGGAUAAUGCCAAAAUAACUUAAUAUUAUAAAA